AGUUUCAGGGAUCUGGCCAGAGAGGCAGGGUUUAUGUUAAUGCUAGGGAUCCAAGUUUAGGUCCUUAUGCUCCAUGUAGUUACUGGCUGAGCCAACUCCUCGCCCAGAGGCCUGUUCUUGCAAGGCCCUGCCCACAGUUUCAUAAACUGUGCGGCAGAUUAUUUUAUGUGUUUGUUUAAAGGCAUCUUAUGUAAUCCCUGUUGACUGAUAUUAAACCCAUGCCCCACAGCUUGUAAUUCACGAUUGGAGCAGUUUCUCCAAUGGUGAAUGGUUAUUAGGCCAUUCUAGCAUUCUGGGCAGGAAACAGUCUUUUAUGCUUGUAGCCAUUUAAAAGAGGAAGAUAAGCAAUGCAAACCACCACGAAAGAUGGAGAAACAAAGGGGAUAGAUAUUCUGUAAAAUAGGCACACUCAUGCAGUGAGAGGUGAAGCAAAAACAGGAAGUAUUUCCUUGCUUACCUUCAGCUGGGAGUAUGACUCAAAAAUGUUUAACAGCCAUGUGGUGACACACACUUUUUUAAAAAGAAAUUUACCUAUUUUUAUUUUCUGUGCAUUGGUGUUUUGCCCCCACAUGUGUCUGUGUGAGGCUGUUGGGGUCCCUGGAACUGCAGUUACAGACAGUUGUUAGCUGUGAUGUUACUGCUGGGAAUUGAACCUGGGUCCUCUGGAAGAACAGCCAGUGCUCUAAACCACUAAGCCAUUUCUCCAGCCCCUUGACACACACUUUUAAUCCUCACACUCAAGAGUCAGAAGCUGGUGGAUCUCUGAGUUGGAGGCCAGUUUGCAUACAUAGCAAGUUCCAGGCCAUUCAGGCUACACAGUGAGAUCCUGUUUCUGUGUGUGUGUGUGUGUGUGUGUGUAAUUGAUUUCCUGGGUCAUCUGGAAGAACAGCAAGUCCUCUUUUCUGCUGAGAUAUUUUUAUAGCCCUAGGAGGCUCAAAUUUUUUUUUAGUGGAAAGCUGAAAAAAAAUACCACUGAUUUUGAUAUAAGUGUUAGGAAGUAGGUGAAUCCACAAAUACGUGAUUUGUGAAUAAUGAGGAUCAAAUGUACUAGUGAAAUAAAUAAACAUGAAACUGUCCAAAUAAAUAAACAUGAAACAAAAAGAAGCCUGGGAAGACAGCCUCAGUUUGGAUCCCCAGCAUUCUGUAAAAGCCAGGUGACAGUUUGCAGUGUAAGCGAGCCAAGCCAGUGUGGGGAGGGUGAGUUCAAAUCUGAGAACCUCUGCUGCCGACUGUGUCCCGCUGGCACCUACCUCAGAGAGCCAUGCCAGAGGAACCAUGGUGAGAGUGACUGCCCCCCAUGUGAGACUGAACACUUCACGGCCUACAAAAACAGGGAAUCUCAGUGCCUACGCUGUGCUCGGUGCUGGAAAGGCCAAGAAGAGGUGUCCAAAUGCUCCAAGAAUGCUGAUCGCAAGUGCCAGUGUAAGCAGGGCACCUACUGUAACUCUGAACACUGUGAGGUGUGCUCCGCGUGCACCAGCUGUCCUAACGGCACAGUCAGAAGCCAAUGCAAUGCCACGAUGGACACAGUGUGUGACACAAACAAUUCAAAGCCAGGAAUGUCAUGCUAUCAAAGUCCCUGCUUCGCUGAGCUUUGGACUAUUAUGGUUGCCUCAGAUGCUGCCAUCAUUGUUGUCUUUGCCAUCAUUAGUGCAAUCAUUUGGUAUUGUUAUAAAAGAGGAAAAACAGUCCCAAGGAGUGUCAACAGCAGCAACUCACGAGAGGAGAGGAGUCAGCUUUCCUCCACUAUGCUAUGAAGUUCUCAAAUGGAAACAGAUGGUACUCCUGACGCUCCUUGGAUUUAUGGACACUGAGAUUUCUGUGCAUGGAAGUUGAGGAUGCAAUGAACAUGGCAUGCUUGAUAGUGCUGUUUCUAAACUUGAGACUGGCCUCCUGGAAACUAAUAACUAUACAUGUGUUUGCAAAUUGUGACUAUUUAGAUGCUAAAAAUUGUGUUUCCUGGGCCUUCAAGCUGGAGUCACCUGUCUUUUGGUACAGGACUGGGCCAUCCCAAAUAGCCCAGCUGAAUUUGGAGCCAGCACCCAUCCCGCUGUGAAACCCAGAUGUGUGAUGUACCCUUCUCUUAUGUAAAGCCCAGCUGUCCCAUGUGCAGCCAAGGGCUUCCCUCCUCAAAGCCUGCUGUGGCCUCAGAGACCACAGCUGAGCUCUGAACUUGUCAGCUAGAGCCAGUUUGGGCUCAGAAUGUCUUCCUAGGAGCCAGGGAUGGGAAGACGUAAAUGUUGUCCUUUGAGCCCAUCGGGCACCCUUGAUCUACAUUGGGAUUUGGCCCAGACAAGGUGCUCUGUUACACAUAUAAGUUCACCACAAAGACCUCUAGCAGGCAUGCCUGAGCAAUUGUGGACCCAGCCACACCAGGCACCGGAAACACUGUCCAUGCCUUUUGGCUAUCCAUACCUCAGGCACAGGAACUAGCCUUAGAUUCGAUUCCUCUCAAACUACAGUGAGUAGGUGUGUGUGAGAAUUCCUCAGAAGAAGCUAUGUCUACAUAGGUUCAUUGACUAAAUGAUCUGGGGAGGUAUAGCUAGGCUGUUCCAACCUACUACAUAGUGGAUGUUUUGCUUUAGACCUAACAUCCUGUAGAAAGCAUUAGGCAUGAGAAGCACUACAGAAACCAGGAAUGUUAAGCACACAGGGUUGUCUCCUCAACGGAGGAGAUGUAUAACCUGUCUUCCACCCUGAAUGCUGGUGUGAAAGAAACUUCUUUUUUUGUAAUUUAUUUAUUUAUUAUAUGUACAGUGUUGCCUGCAUGUGUGCCUGCAAGCCAAAAGAGGGCAUUAGAUCUUAUUAUAGACGGUUUUGAGCCACUAUGUGGGAAUUGCGCUCAGGACCUCUAGCAGACAGUGCUCUUAACCUCUGAGCCAUCUCUCCAGUCCCUAAAAGGAACUUUUAUUUGCCUGGUUCAGUUGUUGUUUCGGAGGCUUUCUGCCUCUGUCUGCUAGCCUAGGCCUAGUCCUGGAAGCUUCUAGCCUCCAUACAAUCUAACCUAGGCCUAGAAUUUUUUUCAGCCUGUGAGACUUACUGCUUAAUAAGCUCACCCUUUCUUGUUCUUUUUGAACUCUGGCUGGCUUGUUCAGCUCAGGGGUUCUGGCUCAAGCUCCUCUCCAAGCUGAGUGACUCAAUCUGGCUUUUCUCUUGGCCCCUGAGCUGCUUUGCUUGGCCUCAAACUAACUCCAACAAUCUUUUCUAAUCUUCUGGCUCCUUGUUUUCUGUCGUAUUCUGUCUUCACCUGUGUCUAGCUUGUUCUCUCAUUCAACCUCUCCAUGGAAAACUCUCCAGUAAAACUCCUCCUUUCUCUCUGCAUUGCCUCUUAAGUAACUUCCCUUUCCUCUUUCUUCUCUGGAGAGUUGGGUGUAUCCUAUUUUGUCAAAUCUUUUUUCUGAUUCAUCAGCUUUUCUGUCACUCGGACAUCACUUUCAAACAUGGGUACUUCCUUCUACAAACUAAUUUUACCUUCAUUGUUUGGGGUUAAAGGAAUGCAUCGCCAUGCCUGGACCUAAGCUUUUCUUUACCUGAAACUUGUUUUAUACCAGGCUGGCCUUGAACUCAGAUCUGCUUUCCUCUGUCUCCUGGAUUAAAAGCAGGUUUGUAUUCUAGCUAGAUCACACAGACCUAGAAGGUCUUUGGAUGUGAUCUCUUCCCAGAGCAGCCAUGUUCUAAAUUAAAAUUCCUCUUCAGGCUGGGAAUGGAUGUAGUUAACAGCCUGGUUAUCUGUGUUACCUGUAGAACCAGAUCACACUUGAAUCUCCCAGACUAUUAUGUUUGUUUAUCCCAGAUUCUUCCUCCCUAGGCCAUUUUCUUGAGCACUGUUUCGAGUUUAAAAACCAUCCUUAUGGGAGAUGUCAAUUGUACAUUACAAUAGCCUAGGUCAUGUGGCCUCUGUGCUAUCUGUAGAGCCAGGCUACUACUGACUUCCACAGUUUCUUCCUCUUCCUUCUCCUCCUCCUCCUCUUCUUCUUUCUCCUCUUCUUCCUCUUCCUCCUCCUCUUCUUCUUUCUCCUCUUCUUCCUCUUCCUCCUCCUCUUCUUCUUCCUCAUCUUCUUCUUCCUUUUCUUCCUCCUCUUCUUCCUCUUCCUGUUCUUCCUCCUCUUUAUCUUCCUCCUCUUCUUCCUCUUCUUCCUCUUCUUCUUCCUCCUUUUCCUCCUCCUCUUCUUCCUCCUCCUCUUCUUCCUCUUCUAAGAUUUUUCCUCCUCUUCUUUCUCCUCUUCUUCUUCCUCCUCCUCUUCUAAGAUUUUUCCUCUUCUUCUUCAUCCUCCUCUUUUUCCUCUUCUUCUAAGAUUUUUUUCUCCUCUUCUUCUAAGAUUUUUCCUCCUCUUCUUCUUCCUCUUCUAAGAUUUAUUUGUUAGGUAUACAAUGUUCUGCCUGCAUGUGUACCUGAACACUAGAAGAAUGCACAGAUCUCAUUAUAGAUGGUUGGGAGUCACUGUGUGAUUACUGGAAAUUGAACUCAGGAUUUUUGGAAGAGCAAACAGUGCUCUUAACCUCUGAGCCAUCUCUGCAGCCCUCAACUUCCACAGAUAGUUAUAUUUGUUUAUCCCAGCCUCUUUCUCCCUAGACCUUUGAACAUUGUUUCUGAAUCAACAGAACAGACCUUUGUUUUUUAUUUGCUUGUUUGUUUUUUUCUCUGUACAGUGCUGGAUAUUCUGGAACUCAUUCUGUAGGCCAGGCUGGCCUCAAACUCAGAGAGCUGCCUGUCUCUGUCUCCCAAGUGCUAGGAUUAAAGGCCUGUACCACCAUACCCAGCUAACAGAACCCAUCUUUAUGUUAAAAUGUGUUAAGCUGUAUUAUACACAGGGAUUGAAUUACUUAUCAUUUAAAAACAUUUUUCCAAAAUGGUUCUGGGCAAGCUGUGCUGUGGCGCAUGCCUAUGAUCCCAGCAUUCAGGGAGGCAGAGGGCAAGUAGAUCUCUGUGAGUUCCAGCCUGGUCUACAAAGCAAGUCCAGGACAGCCAAGGCUACACAGAGAAACCCUUUCUCUGUGUAAAAAAAAAAAAAAAAAUGUGCUGGGCUUAAAUAUGGCUAAAGUAAACUGCUGGGGUCAGACUCUAGAAGUUUAAUCCAGCACAGGCUAAGAUGUAUUGAACCAGAUUUCCUUCUUGAUUCAAGCGGAUUGUUACUUUGCCAUUCCUGAUGUUUGCAGAGACCCACAACAUCACAACAAACAGCAGGUUUAAAAAAAAACAAAACACCUAUGGAUUUAUAUUAAUUUGACAGACAGAGCUCUAUUCUUCCCCAAUCCAAGGACUAUGAAUGCUGUCAUAUACCCAAAGCCAUACAUGAGAUUGCCCCUGUACUGUGACACUUAAGUCUUCUAAUGUGUCUGAAGUAUACCUUGAUUUAUAACUUUUUGUUCUAUUCUACAAAACUCCAUGGAACCAUGGAAUUGGGGGUACUUAAAGCUAUAUUUCUGGGGCCAUAGUCACCCAGAUUUGGCUCCAGAAUAAACUAUUUCUCAUUCUCUUUGAGAGCUGUGUUUUUGCAUCCACCCAAGGACAAGGGGCGGUGACAGUCACCAAGACCUCCUAUGUGUUUUGAGCUUUUUGAAAUAUUAAAGCUACCAACAUGAUGCUUCUGCACAGAGUUGUAUGCACUUAGAUCAUUUCUUUUUGCUUUACAUAAUAAAAUGGUUAAUUCUUUGAAAUUAAAAAAUUACUUUAUACGUA